AUGCCUACGACCAAGUUCUUUCAAUCGACGAGAAAAAUCAUCGGUGCCGGUGUAAACUACAAAGAAAUUUUACGCCUCACAAACGCCCCAAAACCGGAUGCUCCCGUCAUCUUCUUCAAGCCUAUCUCAUCCCUGCUGGACGUUCCCACCGGUUCCCCGGCUGUGACCUCCUCCGUACCGACCAUCCGCAUACCACCCGUCUUCGGUGGCGUGAUCAACUUUGAGGCCGAGCUGGGCGUUAUCAUUGGUCGGCGCUGUUCGAAUGUGUCUACCGAACAGGCAAUGUCAUACGUCGGUGGUUAUUGUCUCGCGCUCGAUAUGACCGGUAUGGACUUUAUCCUGGAUGCACGACCCAAAGGAUUGCCCUGGUGUCUCGGCAAGGGUUUCGACACGUCCACCCCGGUGAGUGGAUUGAUUACGCGUGCCGAACUUCCGGCCCCGGACGACGUGCGCAUAUGGUGCGAUGUAAACGGGGUGCGCAAACAGGACGAUAGUACGCGCAAUCUGAUCUUCCCGAUUGCGGAGCUGAUCGCGUACGUGUCGCGUUACAUGACGUUGGAGGAAAAUGAUCUGCUCCUUACUGGAACACCGGCCGGUGCAGGACCGGUACGCCACGGGGACGUAAUCGAGUGUGGGCUGGGUGAUGGGCUGGUGACGAUGCGUUGUACCAUAGCGGACGAGUAG